AUUAUAUUGUGACUGCUGCUGCUGGUGCGAGGAAACGUGUGUGUUGUUUUUUUUUUUACCGCCAACAAUAUAAUUACUAUACAUUGUGUGAACAAGUUUACUUUUAUAUAUAUAUACAUAUAUUACAUUAUUAAUUUUACGAUAUUUGUACCCGAGGAGUCUCUUUACUACUACGGCUACGGGUUUUAUAGAAUACGGCGCAACGACGCAAUCGAAAAUUUUGUAUAGUACAUACCUACAUUGAAUGAACACGAACGAAGCUUCGGACUUUUAAAAAUGCGCGAUAUUUUAUUUAACGUCUAUUAUUGUGUGUAAAAGAAAACGAGUGAAAAAUGGCAACAUUGGCUGAGCAAGCAUCCAAACUAUUGGAUUUUAAUCAGAAGCUGGACAUAACGCUUCUUGAUAGUAUUGUCGUGUGUAUGUAUAAUGGAAUUGGUGAACAACAGAAAAUAGCACAGGAAGUCCUCACUACACUUAAGGAACAUCCUGAUGCUUGGACGCGUGUUGAUACUAUUUUAGAGUAUUCCCAGAAUCAAGAGACAAAAUUUUAUGCAUUACAAAUUUUGGAGCAAGUCAUUAAAACAAGAUGGAAAGUGCUACCGAGAAAUCAGUGCGAAGGCAUAAAGAAGUAUAUCGUAGGAUUGAUUAUUAAGACCAGUAGUGAUCCGGAAACAAUGGAAAAUUCCCGAGUUUACCUUAAUAAACUUAACAUUAUUCUUGUACAAAUAUUAAAACGUGAGUGGCCAAAGAAUUGGGAAUCCUUCAUCGGUGAUAUAGUUGGUGCAAGUAAAACAAAUGAAAGCUUAUGUCAAAACAACAUGGCAAUUCUUAAACUAUUAUCAGAAGAAGUGUUCGAUUUCUCAAGCGGACAGUUGACACAGACAAAAGCAAAACAUCUUAAGGAUACAAUGUGCAGUGAAUUUUCACAAAUAUUUCACCUGUGUCAGUUUGUGAUGGACAAUUCACCCAACGUACCACUUGUAGCGGUAACUCUCGAGACACUGCUGAGGUUUUUAAACUGGAUACCACUUGGUUAUAUAUUUGAAACAAAAUUAAUAACAACGUUGAUAUUUAAAUUUCUAAAUGUACCGAUAUUUCGUAAUGUUACGCUUAAAUGUUUGAUUGAAAUAGCCGCUGUUACGGUGGCUAAUUACGACAACAUGUUUGUGUUAUUAUUCACAAAUACAAUGCAGCAGUUAGAAGAAAUGUUAUAUCCGACGACAAACAUCCGCGAUGCUUAUGCUUACGGUCAAGACGAUGAGCAAAACUUUAUCCAAAACUUGGCAAUAUUUUUGUGCACAUUUUUAAAAGAACACGGCGCAUUGGUUGAGAAAAAAGAAUUGAAUGAAACCCUACUGAAGGCACUUCAUUAUCUUGUGUUGAUAUCCGAAGUUGAAGAAGUUGAAAUAUUUAAAAUAUGUCUUGAGUACUGGAACAGUUUGGCCGCUGAUUUAUACCGGGAAAAUCCAUUCAUGUCAUCACCGCCAAUGAUUAAUCCGAAAAAUAAUAUGGCGAUACCACCUCGACGUGCAUUUUAUUGUCCAGUAUUGACUAAAGUCCGUUAUAUUAUGAUAAGUCGUAUGGCUAAACCGGAAGAAGUAUUGGUAAUUGAAAAUGAAAAUGGUGAAGUUGUACGUGAAUUUAUGAAAGAUACUGAUUCUAUUAAUUUAUAUAAAAAUAUGCGUGAGACACUUGUUUAUUUAACGCAUUUAGAUUACGCAGAUACGGAAAAAGUUAUGACUGAAAAAUUACAGAAUCAAGUUAACGGAAGUGAAUGGUCAUGGAAAAAUUUAAAUACACUUUGUUGGGCAAUUGGUAGUAUUUCUGGUGCAAUGCACGAAGAAGAUGAAAAACGUUUUUUGGUAACAGUUAUUAAAGAGUUACUGGGUUUAUGUGAGCAGAAAAAAGGCAAAGACAACAAGGCAAUUAUUGCAAGUAAUAUUAUGUAUGUUGUCGGACAGUAUCCGAGAUUUUUACGCGCCCACUGGAAGUUUUUGAAAACUGUUGUCAAUAAAUUAUUUGAAUUUAUGCACGAAACACAUGACGGUGUACAGGAUAUGGCUUGUGAUACAUUUAUUAAAAUAGCAUUAAAAUGUCGUAGACACUUUGUAACAACUCAAGUUGGCGAGUCAAUGCCAUUUAUUGAAGAAAUUUUGUCAACAAUAAGCAGCAUCAUUUGUGAUUUACAAACUCAACAGGUUCAUACAUUUUAUGAAGCUGUUGGUUAUAUGAUUAGUGCUCAGGUUGAUGAUAUUGGACAGAAAGAACGAAUUGAACGUUACAUGCUGCUGCCAAAUCGAGUGUGGGAUGAUAUUAUUAGUCAGGCAUCGAAAAAUGUUGAUGUCCUAAAGGAUCCAGAAGCUGUUAAGCAGCUUGGUAGCAUUCUCAAGACUAAUGUACGGGCGUGUAAAGCAUUAGGACACCCGUAUGUUAUACAGUUAGGAAGAAUAUACUUAGACAUGUUAAAUGUAUACAAGGUAAUGAGUGAAAAUAUAAGUGCUGCGAUAGCUUUAAAUGGUGAAGGUGUGACAAAACAACCUUUGAUUAAAAGUAUGAGAGUUGUCAAAAAAGAAACAUUAAAAUUGAUCUCCGAUUGGAUUAGCAGAUCGAAUGAUCACCAAAUGGUUCUUGAAAAUUUCAUUCCGCCUCUGCUGGACGCCGUGCUGUUGGAUUAUCAGAAGACAAAUGUACCGUGUGCGAGAGAAUCCGAAGUGCUGAGUGCAAUGGCCACAAUUGUUAACAAAUUAGAGGGACAUAUUACCAGCGAAGUGCCGAAAAUAUUUGACGCUGUGUUUGAAUGCACACUCGAGAUGAUAAACAAAGACUUUGAAGAGUUUCCUGAGCACAGAACAAACUUUUUCCUUUUGCUGCAGGCCGUUAAUGUCCACUGUUUCCCGGCAUUCUUAUCAAUACCGCCGGCACAAUUUAAACUCGUACUUGACUCAAUAAUAUGGGCAUUCAAACACACGAUGAGAAAUGUUGCUGACACGGGUUUGGCUAUUCUUUAUCAGUUGUUACAAAAUAUCGAACAACAUGAGCAAGCUGCACAGAGUUUUUACCAGACAUACUUUACUGAAAUUCUUCAACAUAUAUUUAGUGUUGUCACUGACACUUCACAUACAGCUGGUUUGACAAUGCACGCAACUAUUUUGGCAUACAUGUUUACAUUAGUUGAAUUGGGAAGAAUUCUUGUACCACUUGGCCCAAUACCUGAUAACAGACUUUAUGUACAAGAAUUUGUUGCCAGUUUACUGAAAGCAGCCUUUCCACAUUUAACAGAUAAUCAGAUUAAAAUAACUGUCCAAGGACUUUUUAAUUUGGAUCAAGACAUACCGGCAUUCAAGGAACAUCUUAGAGAUUUCCUUGUACAAAUUAGAGAAUAUACUGGUGAAGAUGAUUCUGAUCUGUAUUUGGAAGAACGUGAGACGGCAUUACGAACCGCUCAAGAAGAAAAAAGGCGGCAACAAAUGGCUGUACCGGGUAUUAUUAAUCCUCAUGAAAUUCCAGAGGAGAUGCAGGACUGAAUUUUUACAUCCCCAUACCUCAUUAAUUCCUCCUGCACAUCUAAAACGAAAGACACUUUGUCGUAGAUUUAAUAACCAACAACAAUACAUUUACAUUAUUAUUAUCAUCAUCUGUAUUCUUUACCGUAAAUCAUUUUAAUUAUUAAAUUCAUUUAUAAAAUAAACAAAAAAAAAAAAAAAAAAGAAUAAUGGUUGCAGAUACUCGCGGUAAAUUUUAACGCUAGAGUGUCAUAAUAUCCUUGUUAAAGGAGGUAAGCCCGAACCGACGUGAUUGUUACUGGUAAAAAAAUAUAUACAUAUUAUAUAUAUAUAUAUUUAAUAAUGAAAUGAAAAAAAAAAUGAAAAAAAAUAAUUUUUGUUUGUUAAUGAGUGCCUGAUUUUUUCGAAUAAUUCCACGUAAUUUAAACCGGUUUUCGUAAUUAAAUAAUAGGUCUACAGUAGUUUAUUAAUUGAUAAAAAGAAAAUACAUAAAUGAAUAAAUACAGAAAUGCUGGAAAUAAUUUAAAAGCACCAGGUAGCAUUAAGAUUUACUGCCACUGAUUUUUUCAUAAAAUUUAAAAAAUUAAAUAUAAAAAUACGUGACAUAAUUUUGUACUUCGUAAACAAGUUUAAUAAAAUGAAAAAAAAAAAACAAAAAAAAUAUAUAUAUAUUAAUGCAUAGUUAAUAAAUUGUGGUGUCUGAAUUUAAAAACUAUUGUGGGUAUUUGUUAUAUUAUCAGAUUUAACGCUGCGUUAAUUAUUAAUUUAUAAAUUAAUAAUUACGAAGCAACGACGUCUGUGAUGCAACGUUUGUAUUUCAUUAAUUAAUUUCAAAAUAUAGUUAUUUUUUCUUUUUUAAUUUAAUUUUCUUUCUUUUGAGUGACUAAUGAAUUAGGAUUUAUGUAACAGUACUUUUUUGACAGUCUAAUUGUCACUCAAUUAUUCAAAUGCUUAAAGCCUCAGUAUUUUUAUUAGACGAUUGAUAAAAAAAAACUGCAAAACAAAAUAAUGAUAAUAGUUUAAUAAUUAAUACAAAAUGAAUUAAUACGGCAGCUGAUAUUGUUAAUAAUUUUUGGUACAUAAAAAAUGGUCAUUUAUUAUUAUUUUUUUUUUAUUCACUUCGUUGAUAUUGACUCGAAUUAAUUAAUUUGAUUUAUUAUUUUUCGUUCCUCACUUGCAUUUCUAUUAAACCCCAAUCCCUACACGGUAUUGAUUGAUUUAAUUAGCAUCAGUAGUUAUUAAUUAAUAAACUGCAGUUACAUAAUUUAAAUAAUAAAUAAUAUAUUUGAUAUUUGAAUUUCAAAAAUCGUGAUAUCGCAGCAAAUUGUCUUGCAUUGAAAAAUUAAACCGUCGAUUUUAAAAUUAUUAAAUAUAUGUUUGUUAAAUAAUUAUAUAUCAUUAAGAAUUUAAAAAUUUUGUGACCUGAUUGUGUGUAUGUACCAAAAAAAAAAUUGAUAAACAAUUAAAUUAUUUAAAAUUCACCGAAAUUCGAGCUUGCCUCCGCACUAUUAUCGUCUUCUGCAUAAAUUAUAUUGACACGGUUUUUAAAUCGACAUUGGUGUGUAUAAGGAAUUAUAAUUAUAAUUAAUAACUUUUUUUUUGCUUCUUACGAGCAUUUAUUUGUGUAGACGUAUCAUUAUAUUUUUUUUUUUAUUUUUUUCCUCAACAAAAGUUAAUAAAAAGAUCAAUUUUGAUUGUUAAUUUAAAAAUAAUAAAUAAAAGGGCCAAUUAUCGUUUUUUUUUUGUACGGUAAUUAAUUAACAAAAUAAAAUAGUUCAUUUAAUUGUUAUUAUAAUUAGUAGCUGGUAACUUUUGGGAUUCAAUGGGGCCAUUGCUAAUUGCUUGUGUGCGUCUCCAAAUUAAUUAAUUAAUUAAUUGAAGUUUGGUUUUUUAAUUUUAAAUUUAGUCGCAUGAUUUUAUUAAUUUUUUUUUCUUCUCUUUUUUUUUUUUUAUAAAUUACCGUACGUUUGUUCUCAUUUAAUAUUCUGUAUUCGCUUUAUAAACAUUCAAUUAUAAUAUUAUCUAGUUACAAACGAUCUGUGUAAAUAUAAACAUUCAUGAAAAAAUGGUAUUUAGCAUAUUAAUUGAAUGAAGAUGCGUGUGAUUGAACUUUUAAUUUCAUUUAUACAUAGAAAAAACAUUUAAUUAAAAUAAAUAAAAAUAAUAAAAGUAAUUAAAAAAAUCCAUAUUAAAUUUUCCAUUUUUAAUUUACUGGAUAAAAACAAAAUAUAUAAAGACAAUAUAUUUGUGAAGAAUAUAAUAAAAUUAUCAAACAUACGCCUAAAGAUUUAAUUGUAAACAAAUAUUCUCAAGUGUUAAAUUAUAAAAAAAAUUUUUUUUAGUCUUAUGACUUUAAAAAAAAAAUAAUUUGUAUAAAAUAUAUAUCUAAAAUAAUACGUUCGGUAUUUAAAUAAAAAUAAAAAUUAAUUUGUUCAAUAGUCCACUGACUGAAGUAUAAAUGAAUUCAGAGAUGAAUAAAAAAAAUUUUAAUUACUAAUGAAUGAUAAGGAAAACUAAGAAAACAUUUUAAUUGAUGAUAAUAAAAAAUUAAUUUGUGCGAUGUUUAUUUAAGCUUAACGAAUACGCCACGGUAGUUUUGUAAACGGUAAUUAUUACGACAGAUUGAAUAAUUAAAAAAAUAUAUAAAUGAUAAUUAAUAUUUAAUGAAAUGAUAAAGAUAAAUGAUAAAUGACUUAAAGAAAAACUAUUAAUAUUAAUAAUAAUAA